AUGUCAUCGGAAGCCACAAGUUCCGAUUAUGUGGAUGAUGAGCUGCGUGGAGAAGAUUUCGGACCGUCUAUUGAUGACAAUGCCCUCGCCGCCGCCGCCCGUCAAGCUCGUCUCCCAUUCGACCGUCCAACUGAGCAUGAACUUGCUUUCUUUCCAGAGUUAUGGGAACACAAGACAGCUGUCGAAGUGUUUCUUUUAAUUCGUAAUUCGACACUCGCCACGUGGCAAUAUAAUCCACAAAAAGAAUGUACGGCGUCGGAUGUUCGGAAUAAUAUAUUCCCGCCGUUUAAUUCGGAUUUGGAUCUGAUUCAGAACGUUGUGCACUUUCUGACUCGUCACGGACUCAUCAACUUCGGUCGUUACGUCAGAUCCACUCGAAUCACUCGAUUCUUGGUUAGAGAUCGUCGAAAAGUUAUCAUUAUCGGUGCCGGUGCAGCGGGAAUCUCGGCGGCCAUUCAACUGAUUUCAACGGGUUUCGAUGUGACAAUUUUGGAGGGACGGGGUCGAAUUGGUGGACGAGUUCAUAGUUUCAAGACGAAGAGUGGACAGGUGAUGGAAACUGGAGGAGAUACGCUGAGGAAGUUAGAGGAUUCGCCUAUGACUACGUUGCUUCAUCAGGUAAGCCUCGAAGAGCACGGCGUCUACGACUACACCACUAUAUACGUCGACGGAAAACCACUGAAUGAUGACAAAAUUCAUAUUUUCCUCACUCACUACGAGUCAGCGAAAGGAGCACUCAAUUGGGAGGCUCAUCAACGAGAGCAUCGUGAUGAAAACGGUCUAUUCGUAUCUCGACAGAGAGCCUACGAGAAUCUGAUGAACUUAUCCGAGAGGAGUACACUAAUCAAGUAUUUCAAUCAUUGUAAAUCACUUGAAGAGGUCGCCCGUGCCCGUGAAAAACAUUAUAAUCAGAUGAAAAAUCUCCGAAAUACCGCAUUGAUGGCUGAGAACAGACUGAAAAAGUUGGAAGAGCAGGGACUUUUGGAUAAUGAUCCAAUCAUGCGGAGAUCAUUGAAACGAGAUGUUGCCACGUCGAUUCAGAAGUUUGAUGAGGUUUCGAAUGCGUUCGAAGCGGCGGAUAAUCAUUGGAAAUUGCUCAACGAGCACCCGCAGGCCAAGCAGUUUAUGCAUCCCGGAUCUGAUUUUAACACUUAUAAUUUUAUGUUGGGAUUCGAGGAAUACUUGAUUGGAGCUCAGCUGGAAAAAGUGCAAUUCUCGUGUGAUAGUGCUGUGAAUAAAGAGCACGGCGUUGCGGCGAGAUUAACCGAAGGAGUCGCAGAACUUCUUCUCCGUAUUACCCAACGACGUAAUCUUGAUAUCCAUCUGAAUCACAAAGUAGUCGAUAUCGAUUAUAGUGGAGUUGACGAUGUGAAAGUGAAGGUACAAAAGAAAGACGGAGAAAUCGAGGAGUUGACUGCCGCUAUUGUUAUCUCGACACUUCCAAUUGGUGUACUCAAGAAAUCUAUCUCCGGUGACGCACGUGCUCCGACAUUCACUCCACCAGUCCCCGCCGAAAAAGCAAAAUCCAUUAGAAAUAUGGGCUCUGGACUCAUCAAUAAAUGUAUCCUGGAGUUUGACAAGGCGUUCUGGGCAACUGGAAGUCGUGCCAACAAUCAGUCGACUCAAUUUGUGACCGUGUCACCGAAUAUAAGAACACGUGGCUCGUUGAGCAUUUGGUCAUCGACUCCCGGCUCAAAAGUGCUCACAACGUACAUGGUCGGCGAUUCGUGUAAAGAUUCUCCAGAUGACGUCAUCAUCCAGAGAGCACUUCAAACUCUUCACAAAGUAUUCGGAAAUAAUUGUCCACGUACACCACUAAGUGCUCAUAUCACUCGUUGGCAUGAAGAUGAAUUCGCUUUCGGAUCGGGAAGUUUCAUGAGUUUGCGAACGGAGAAGUCGGAUUUCGACGAGUUGAUGAAGCCGUUGAAGACGUCCGAUGGAAAGAAUCGAGUGUAUUUCGCUGGUGAACACACUUCUUCCAGCUAUGCGGCCACUAUUCAAGGCGCUUGGAUGUCCGGAGCGAGAGCCGCCGCCGACAUCGCCAAUGAUUACGUCGGAUUUGGAUUCGUCGAUAUGAGUGGAACGAAGAAUGUGAAAGGAGAAGACGAGGAAGGAGGAGACAUGCAUAUCGAUCAUGAUGGACCACUUCCAGAAGGAAUGCUAGCAGAUGGACAACAAGCAAAUGGAGGCGUCGUCAAUGGAGAAAUUCCAGAAGCGAAGAAAGCAAAAAUUGAUAAUUAA